AACAAGGCAAUAAGCAUGCUGCGUGCUGUCGGUUUGCCGAGCCUGCCGAUAUUCCGAAUCCAACGAGUGACGCGGAUACCGCAUACUCACUCGCUCGCACGCCGUAGGCGCACACACCACAACGCCGCGCGCGCAUUUCAGUCCAUUUCAGUCAGUGUAUCACAGUCGGUUCGCACGUUUUGCAUCGUGCAAUCAUUUAACAGUGAAGAUCGGCACAUCGGCACGGUUUGUUUUUUUCGGUGAAUCGAAACUACGAUAAACAUGGCACUAUUUCGCGUCUAUUCUAACAAGCUCCCAGAAUUCCAGAAAGUUCUAUCGCAAGCGUGCCGUCAAUACAGUGAUGCAUCGACAGAUCUCAAGGCCGUUAUGGCAUCGAAAAUCCCCAAAGAGCAGGAGCGCGUUAAGAACUUCCGGAAGGCGCACGGCAAUACCAAAGUUGGUGAAGUUACCGUUGACAUGAUGUAUGGUGGCAUGAGAGGCAUUAAAGGUUUGGUUUGCGAAACUUCCGUUCUGGAUCCGGAUGAGGGUAUCAGAUUCCGUGGAUAUUCUAUUCCUGAAUGCCAGAAACUGCUACCCAAAGCUCCAGGUGGUGCAGAACCUCUGCCUGAAGGUCUUUUCUGGCUUUUGAUGACUGGCGAUGUGCCUACUGACGCUCAAGUGAGGCAAGUGUCCAAGGAAUGGGCAGAGCGUGCAGCCUUACCAGCACACGUCGUAACUUUGUUGAACAAUUUGCCCACAAAUGUGCAUCCGAUGUCUCAGCUCAGUGCGGCUGUUACCGUCCUUAAUAGCGAGAGUAAAUAUGCUAAGGCUUAUUCUAGCGGUGUUCACAAAACCAAAUAUUGGGAGUACGUCUAUGAAGAUAGCAUGGAUUUGAUUGCGAAACUGCCAGUGGUCGCGGCCACCAUCUACCGCAACACCUUCAAGCACGGCUCAGGGAUUGGUGCCAUCGACACCUCCAAAGAUUGGAGUUACAACUUUACGCAAAUGUUGGGCUUUGACGACCCACAGUUCAUUGAACUGAUGCGUUUGUACCUGACAAUUCACAGUGAUCACGAGGGUGGUAAUGUGUCUGCGCAUACUACACAUUUGGUGGGAUCUGCGUUGAGCGAUCCUUACCUAUCGUUUGCUGCUGGUCUAAACGGUCUUGCCGGACCUCUGCACGGUUUGGCCAAUCAGGAAGUACUUAUCUGGCUGCAGAAGUUGAGGCAGCAAGUCGGAGACAAGGCAACUGAGGAGCAGAUGAAGGAAUUUAUCUGGAAGACGCUCAAAGGUGGACAGGUCGUUCCCGGCUACGGUCACGCCGUACUACGUAAGACCGAUCCGCGUUACACUUGCCAGCGUGAAUUCGCCCUGAAGCAUUUGCCCAAUGACCCCUUAUUCGGUAUUGUUUCGAAUGUUUACAAAGUUGUGCCACCAAUUUUACUGGAACUUGGAAAGGUGAAGAACCCAUGGCCAAAUGUUGAUGCCCAUUCAGGUGUACUUCUUCAGUAUUAUGGACUAUCGGAAAUGAAUUACUACACCGUGUUGUUCGGUGUUUCGAGAGCUCUCGGCGUUCUCGCUUCUUUGGUUUGGGACCGUGCCUUGGGUCUGCCAAUCGAAAGGCCGAAAUCCAUGUCUACGGACACUCUUAUGAAGGCCCUGAAAGCUUAAACGCACCAUACACAACCUCAAUGCCAGUUUAUAAUAUCUGUAUUUCUGUCUGACAUGGUCUUUACUUUGCAUAUGUUUAUGCAUACGGACAAUCCUCACUACUUACCAACAUCAUUAUCGGAAUUACGUAGGUUGCUCCUAACUUAUGUUACCAUUUUACAGAUACGAUUUUUAUCGUGUGCGCGAACCGUAGGGUUAUGAAUUUUGUAUAUUAUUGAGUUAUUUAUUGUCUCAGUCAGGGUAGUUGAGAUUUUGUUUGUUUUAUAAGCAAUUUAUUUAUAUGUUUUGAUUGCUCACUUUAAACGCACCUAGGGAAAAUUAUUUAACACUGAGUGGCAUUUACGUUCAUCAUGCUGCUGACUUCUAUCUGUACAAACCUUUUUUUUUAGAAAAUGUAUAAUAGUUACAAGAUAUUUUAUUCUACAAAAUAAAACAAGUUGGACAUGUUA